CAAUCAGGAUCUUAUACUAAUCGGAAGCAAUUCAUUUACGAACGAGCCGCCUUGGGGUAGACAUCCAAUGUAUAACUCCUGUAUUCUAUCCCAUCCCACUUGCGCCAAAGAAAUCGGAGGAAACGUGACGAUCACCUUAUUUUAUUCACGCAGCUGAGCUGUUCACCUCGAUAGUAACAUUUUUGAAAGGGUCGGCCAAGAUUAAAUAUCAUUCUGCACCGAAACCUCCCUGUACCGCUUUGUCCUGUUCAUUCUUCAUUACAGAUCUGAAGCCAAGCUUGGACUUUCAGUUUCAGACCGUUGACAUCGUAGCAGACAACUGAUGACUAUGUUGUUGUGAUGUUCUGAGAACUGAUUCGCAGCAGACAAAGAGAUGGGGUUGGUGGGUGCUGAAGAAAAUGGAAACGGGGACUCCCUGGGAAGGAUGAACAAGUACAAGAGGAUGGACUCUCAGGCCAUUGAUGAUGACGAUUUUGAUGAAGUGGUGAAUAAUCAUCCGGGGUUCCACAGAAACAGAAGUACAAGGAACUACGUGUUCCUCUCUGCAGUUUUUGCUUCUCUCAACCAUGUUCUUCUCGGCUAUGAUGUCGGGGUCAUGAGCGGAGCAAUCAUAUUUAUCCAAGAAGAUCUGAAUAUCACCGAGGUACAAGAAGAAGUUCUGGUUGGGUGCUUGAGCGUUAUUUCUCUUUUUGGUUGCUUAGCUGGGGGCAGAACAUCGGAUCUCAUUGGUAGAAAAUGGACGAUGGGCUUAGCAGCAGUCGUGUUUCAAACUGGUGCUGCAGUGAUGACCUUUGCUCACUCAUACCGAGUCCUAAUGAUCGGUCGAUUCUUGGCCGGGAUUGGGAUUGGCUUUGGGGGAACGAUAGCUCCCGUUUAUAUUGCCGAGAUAUCUCCAACUGCUAGUAGAGGCUCCCUCACUUCCUUCCCAGAGAUUUUCGUAAACUUUGGAAUUCUACUUGGGUAUAUUUCAAACUAUGCUUUUUCUGGGCUGCCAAUUCACAUCAGUUGGAGGGUGAUGCUUGCCGUCGGGAUUCUUCCCUCCGCGUUCUUUGGCUUUGCACUCUUCAUAAUUCCUGAGUCUCCGAGGUGGUUGGUAAUGCAGAACCGGGUCGAUGAGGCUCGAGCUAUUCUCUUAAAAACAAAUGACCACGAGGCUGAAGUGGAAGAGAGGCUUGCAGAGAUUCAAUUAGCUGCUGGAAAAGGGAUUAAUUCUGAUAAGUAUGAAGAGAGAGCUGUGUGGCACGAGUUGUUAUUCCCUUCUCCUAUGCUCCGUCGGAUGCUAAUCACCGGCAUAGGAAUCCAAUGCUUCCAGCAGAUCACAGGAAUAGAUGCCACUGUUUAUUACAGCCCUGAGAUUUUCAAAGCUGCAGGUAUCAAGGACAACUCGAAACUUCUCGCUGCAACUGUUGCCGUGGGUGUUGCAAAGACUUCAUUCAUAUUGGUUGCGAUAAUUCUCAUUGACAAGCUCGGUAGGAAGCCAUUGCUGUCCAUCAGCACCAUCGGCAUGACUGUUUGUUUAUUUACAUUGGCUGUGGCUGUCUCAUUGCCAAAGGAAGGACAGUUUGGGAUCGCUUUAUCGAUUCUCUCGAUCUGCGGGAAUGUGGCUUUCUUUUCUGUUGGAAUCGGGCCUGUUUGCUGGGUGAUAACCUCGGAGAUUUUCCCACUGAGGCAGAGGGCGCAGGCAUCAGCACUCGGAGCAGUGGGGAAUAGGGUGUGCAGUGGAUUGGUUGCUAUGUCUUUCCUCUCGGUUUCACGAGCAAUCACUGUAGGAGGGAUGUUCUUAACAUUUUCCGCGUUCUCAGCGCUUUCUGUUCUCUUUGUGUACAAGUAUGUGCCGGAAACAAAGGGUAAGUCCUUGGAGCAGAUCGAGUUGCUGUUUCAGGAUGGAAUUGAUUGGGAAGGAGCAGGGAGUGAAGUGGAGUUGGGAGACACCGAGCAUCUCAUGCAGAAGUAAUACCCCGGUCAGAUUUUUCAGCAUUCCGAUCUCUCUCCUUGGAGAUUGCUACCCAAGAGAUGGAUAGAUCCCACAUCGAAAUUUUUUGUUCUGCUGCACAAGUCUCUCACCAACAUUACGGAACAUAAUGGAAACUCAAGUUGCAUUGUUCUAUGUAUUACUUUGAACCGCACCCAAAACUUUUAAGCUCAGAUGUAGAUCUAUUCUUGGGUAUCGAACUGUCAGUCCUCAAACAUGCAAUGAAUGUAACAUGGCAGCGAAAAACAUUAUUGUUAUAUGUUCCAAACUGCAGAUAAUUCUUCAUUGUCA